AUGGGGAGUAAUCAAAGUGUUUCUAGGGAGGACAGCAUGGAGAAGAUCGCAAACAUCCUUAAAGACCCAAAGUCCAAGGUGCUUUUCUUUGUUGGUGCAGGAAUCUCUGCCACCAGCGAUGGCGAACCCUUGAUUCCUGAUUUUAGAUCACCAGGAACCGGCCUUUUUUAUAAUUUGGCAAAACUCGACCUUCCUACCCCAGAAUCAGUGUUUGAUAUUGAUUUCUUCAGCGAAAACCCUCAACCUUUCUACUCUCUUUGUAAAGAUUUGCACCCAACGCUAGUCAAAUUCCCACCAACCAGAUUCCACUACUUUAUGAAGCUCACUAAUGAUCAUAAUCAGUUGAUCCGGAUAUUUUCACAAAACAUUGAUACUUUAGAAAGGGCAACUGGAUUGGACUCCGAUAAAAUCAUCGAAGCCCAUGGUUCGUUUGCUGAAGAAUUUUGUAUUGAGUGCGAUGAAAAAGCACAAAAAGAGCAUUUCGAAAAACAAUUAUUGGCUGAUGAAAUCCCCAAAUGUGAGCAUUGUGAAGGGAUCCUCAAACCAGGCAUUGUAUUUUAUGGUGAACAACUCCCAGAUCGUUUCCAUGAGUGUUCAGAUACUGAUUUGACCGAUGAUGUUGACUUGUGUAUUUUUGCCGGGACUUCAUUGAACGUUUAUCCAUUUGCGGGACUUGCUAGUGACGUGAGUGACAACACUUUAAGGGUUUUGAUUAAUAGGGAAAGAGCAGGAGACUUUAUGUAUAACCCACGUAAGUCAGACAUUUUGCUUCUUGAAGAUUGUGAUAAGAUUGUUGAUGAGAUUGCGGAACUAUGCGGCUGGAAAGAUGAGCUUGAUAAGCUAGUUGACCAGCAUAAGAAGGAAAGGGGACAGCAUGCGAAGACAGCAAAGGAAAUGGUGGAAGAUAUGAAGAAAGAUAAAAAAUUGGAUAAUGAGAUCAAAGAAUCGAACAGUGUCAUUGGAGAUCUUGUGGAGGACAUUGGUAAAUUGAAAAUCAAGAAUCAGGAAUGA